AACAUAACCUCUUUCAUAAAAAUACUCCGAGAAUCGUCUUGGAUUGUUUCUGUUUUCCCCAAAAAAGGAUGCCAGGGACCUCUAAACAGGCUCAAAUUAUUGUGAAAAUGGAAGAAGAGAAAGUGAUUACGAUUUCGGAUAUGCUGAAAAGCAUAGAGAGGUACAACCCGGAACACCUCAAAGUGAUUGAGAAUUACGUGGAGGAUCAGGCAAAGGAUAAUAGCUACGAUCUGGAGGCAAAUCUGGCAGUGCUGAAGCUCUACCAGUUCAACCCGCAUCUCCUCAAUCUCGACAUAACUCACCUGAUCCUCCUGAAGGCACUCACGAAUCUACCCCAUACGGACUUUGUGCUGUGCAAAUGCCUCCUGCUCCCCACGCAGACUGCCGAUGAUACAGUCAAGGAGAUAAUUCACUUGGUUGACAUCCUGGAGCAAUGCGACUUUGCCAUGUUCUGGGCACGUAUUAAACUCAAUCCGGAUCUCGUGCGCAAAAUUGCUGGCUUCUACGAUUCAAUAAGGAAGUUUGUGUGUCACGUUGUCUCCAUCACGUUCCAGAGUAUUGAAAAGGACUACCUUUCGCGCCUUCUGGGGGACAUUGACGAUCACACCCUGUCGCUUUGGAUUAAAAAGUACGGAUGGAAGGAUCAGGGAAAUUUGGUAUUUAUCGCCAAUCAAGAUGAGAACAUCAAGACAAAGAAUAUCACUGAGAAGAUUGAAUUUGAAAAUUUAGCUCCUCUCAUGGCGGCAUGUUUGUAAAAUGUCUUCUGCGACAUGCCCCAUUUUAUAAAUAUUACAAAAUGUUCCACAUUUUGAUUAAUUUAACCUUCUAUCCCUCAAGACGAUCCUCCAGAACAUUUACCAGGAUGUAUUGGUUCUAAAAAAAAUAAGAGAAUGAAAAUAAAUUUUCUUGUGUGGAAGGAAAAAAA